CCUGAGUCCUUUGACAAGCUCCAGGCGUUACUGGAGCCGCUGUACUACCGCAAGUACGGGCUCCCCGGUAAAAACACGCAGUACACCUUCGACUACGGGCUGGCUGUGCUGUUGACCUACUAUGGUAAUAGCUGUGGCCAAGAUGGGGACGGUAUUGGAGGAGCUGCAAACCAGUUGGGGAUGUCAAGAACAGCAGCACUUCGAUACAUUCAGAACCUGGAGGAGCUUUUGUGCGGUAUGAUGAAUGAUAUCAUCUACUUCCCGGCACCUACAGCGGAUGCAGAGUGGGAUGACAUGGUCGAUGGCUUUGCCGCACGUGGCGGAGAUUUUCCAGACGUGGUGUGUAUUUUUGACGAGACUAUAGUUCGUACUCGACGUCCAAAUGAGCACUUGGGGUUUUAUGAUAAGAGCGGGAAGCCUUCAUAUAACUGUCUUGCUGCGAUAGAUUACCGCAACAAGUUCCGCUACAUCGGCGUAUUCAGCGGAAGCAACUCCGAUCAAUCCAUGUGGAAUCAAUCGGAGGUUCUUGGAGCUCGCGCCCGGCAUCUGUGCCCACUGGGGGUGAACUGGCUGGGAGACUCUGGAUUCAAGAUCUGGCCGUUCCGGCCUUGUCGUAGUUGCCUCAGAGGCAGCGAGUGCGGAAACGUUAGACGACAUCUUGAAGUGGACGGGAAACAACUGAUAUAUUGCAUAUUAUUCGAUUAG